AUGUUGAAACUAAUACCCAAGAUAAGACCAACAAGAAGCUAUGCUGCCGUUUUGGCUCCAAGAAAUGAAAGUUAUGCAAAAGUUAUGCAGUCAGAUCUGCUAGCUUUUGAGAAUUUUCUUGGGAAAGAUGCAGUCCAGAAGGAUGAUAUUACAAAUCACACAACUGAUUGGACAGGCCAAUUCAAAGGUCAUGGUAGUGUCGUUCUGUAUCCAAAAAAUACUGAAGACGUAUCUGCAAUACUAGCAUAUUGUUCAAGAAAUAAAAUAGCAGUCGUUCCGCAAGGAGGAAACACGGGACUCGUCGGAGGAUCGAUCCCAGUACACGAUGAAGUUGUUCUUUCAAUGAACAAAAUCAACAAACAAUUCACUUUUGACGAUACCAUGGGGAUUCUUCAAUGUGAUGCUGGUUUUAUUUUGGAAGACUUGGACAACAAACUCUCAAAACUUGGUUACAUGAUGCCAUUCGAUUUGGGAGCAAAAGGAUCGUGCCAAAUCGGAGGAAACAUUGCCACGUGUGCCGGAGGAAUUCGUUUGAUUAGAUACGGAAGUCUUCAUGCUCAUCUUCUUGGUCUAACUGUAGUUCUUCCGGAUGAACAAGGAAGUGUUCUACAUUUGGGAUCUGCUAUCAGAAAGGAUAAUACUUCUUUGCACACACCACACUUGUUUUUGGGAAGUGAAGGACAGUUGGGAGUUAUUACAAGUGUUACAAUGACUGCAGUUCCAAGACCGAAAAGUGUGCAAAGUGCUAUGUUGGGUGUCGAAUCAUUCAAAAAAUGCUGCGAGAUUCUGAAGAUGGCAAAAUCGAGUCUCUCUGAAGUACUUUCUUCAUUUGAAUUCCUUGAUGAAGCUAUAAUGGAAUGUCUGAAAGUGAAUUUGGAUCUUCAUCCUGUUCUGAAUAAAUCUACACCAUUCUCGAUUCUCGUUGAAACUUCAGGCUCAAAUGAAGAUCAUGAUAUGGAGAAAAUGAGUGCAUUUUUAGAAGAAUGUUAUUCGAAACAACUCAUUGUCGAUGGUGUUCUAGCUGGAUCUUCUGCAGAUGCGACGAAAAUGUGGAAGCUGAGAGAAAGUGCUCCGUUAGCUGUGACCAGAGAUGGAUAUGUUUAUAAGCAUGAUGUUUCUCUUCCAUUGGAAAGUUAUUAUGAAUUAACGAAUGUAAUGAAGGAGAGAUGUGGUGAUUUGGCAAAACGAGUGGUUACGUAUGGGCAUUUGGGAGAUGGAAACACUCAUCUGAAUAUCACGUCUGCAAAGAAAAACGAAGAACUUGAAAAUUUAAUGUAUCCGUUCCUCUACGAGUGGGUUGUUGCUCACGGAGGCUCCAUUUCAGCUGAGCAUGGAAUUGGUCAACUCAAACUGCCCUACUCGACACUUGGAAAGGAAUCUGAAGAACGUCUUCUCACAAAAAAGCUCAAAAACAUUUUCGAUCCUAACGCCAUUCUCAAUCCAUACAAAAUGAUAUAA